AAACCAAAGCUUAGGGCUUUACACAAAGCUUUCCCUGAUUCUUCAUCCUGGAACUAAAUGCUCCCUUCCACAACUGGUAACUGUUAUAACGAAACACAUAAACGAAAGAUAAAAAAUUCCAGUUAAAAAAUACUCAAGAUGAUUUCCCUUAUCAUCCCGUUUCUGUUGGUGUUUUUCUUUUGCAGACAAAUAAGCUACAUUGUGCUUGCUGGGGUAGCAAUUUUGUACACAAUUUUGCUUCAAGAGGAGAACAUUUCCAAAAGGACAAAGACAAAAUAAGCUUAAGCGUGUUGAUCUGGUGAGGUCUGGUCUUUGAACACAUUGAGGUUUUGGCCGACUCACAGUUCUGAGGUACCAGAUGGCGAGGGCUUCAACGACUAAUGAAGUAAAAGCUGGCCAGGACUCAAAUAUAUUUGCCUGCUAUUUCCUUUAGAGUAACAACGUCAGUUUAGUGGGGGAACGGAGGAGGUACAAACAAGGAAAACUUAUACUAGUACAGCUCUGGCGUAGCUGGGGUGCCAGAGCGUAGCUGCGCUCACUUGCAGCUAGCGGGGAGCUGCGCAGUAGCGACCAAUCCUGGAUCCUCUGGCAAAUCCUUGCAGGGACAUCCCUUCCCCUCCGUGCAGCGAAUCUGCACCCAUCUAGCUGCCCUUGCCAGGCAUUUGGAUGCUUUCUUGCUCCUUGCUCAAGGUCACAACGCCAAGGCAGCUCCUGCGUCCGUGGACUUUUCCCUGGUCACGUUCACUGAUUUCUCUUCACGGCGAAUGCAUAAAAACCGUCCCAGUUGACCGCAGUGCCACGCCCUGAGACCUCUUGAGAAGCUGUUACUCAAGUAAGGGAGAAAGGAGGGGGACCUCUUCUCAUCACCUCUUCCUGGGCGUUGUCCAAGGAGGUGUGCGGCGGGAGGGCGUAAAAUCAAAGCACUUUCCUAGUAGGAACAAAUAUUCCAGUCGGGUUGUGUUUCCGGAGGUAUUCGGCGGACCCGGCGGAGACGAACUUCCGGUGCUGACCUCGCAGUCUUCCGAGUUUUCAGCUCGACUGUUUCCGCCCGGAGUUACGAUGGACUGCAGUUGAGAACGGCUCCUUCCGCCAGGAGUGCCUAGCGGCUCGGGCUGGACAGCUGGCCCUUCAGUGGCCUUCUCCUUCUUCCUCCAGCUUGCCCGCCCGAGCCCUGGUGCCUUGGCGGCGGCGGGCUGCUGCGGAGCCAGCCGCGGCCGUUCUCUGCGGCCGAGUCAGGGGCCUGGGAGAACGAGAAGUGCCUGCGAGGCGCCGCGGCCCGACCCAGCCAGUCUGCGGCGGCGGCCGAGAGCGUCCCUUGGGCCUCGCCGCGCCCACCGGCCUGGGGCGGGGCCGCCUCCUCGCCCGGGACUGCGCCCCGCGGCCCAUCCGGUACCCGGCCGUCCUUGGCCAGCCUCAGCCUCGCCGCGGUGUGAGCGCCCAGCCCCUCGGGGACCCGGCCGCCCCCUGGCUCGGGCCGCAGGGGGAGCAUGGAGUUUGCGGAGCUGAUCAAGACCCCACGGGUGGACAAUGUGGUGCUGCACCGGCCUUUCUACGCGGCCGUCGAGGGGACCCUGUGCCUGACUGGCCACCACCUGAUCCUGUCCUCCCGGCAGGACAACACGGAGGAGCUAUGGCUCCUCCAUUCAAACAUCGACGCCAUCGACAAGCGAUUUGUGGGAUCACUGGGUACAAUCAUCAUAAAAUGUAAAGAUUUUCGAAUUAUUCAGUUGGAUAUUCCUGGAAUGGAAGAAUGUUUAAAUAUAGCCAGUUCCAUUGAGGCCCUGUCCACCCUGGACUCCAUCACCCUGAUGUACCCCUUCUUCUACCGGCCGAUGUUUGAGGUGAUAGAGGACGGCUGGCAUUCCUUCCUUCCUGAGCAAGAGUUUGAACUCUACUCUUCUGCCACCAAUGAAUGGCGGCUAAGCUAUGUCAAUAAGGAAUUUGCUGUCUGUCCUUCAUACCCACCAAUUGUCAUAGUGCCCAAAACCAUCGAUGAUGAAGCUCUUCGGAAGGUAGCUACGUUUCGGCAUGGAGGGCGCUUCCCAGUGCUAAGCUAUUAUCACAAAAAGAAUGGAAUGGUAAUUAUGCGGAGCGGCCAGCCUCUCACAGGCACCAACGGGAGAAGGUGCAAGGAAGACGAGAAGUUGAUAAACGCGACCCUCAAGCCGGGCAAGCGGGGUUACAUCGUGGACACGCGGUCUCUGAAUGUGGCCCAGCAAGCGAGAGCCAAAGGAGGCGGCUUUGAGCAGGAAGCUCAUUAUCCCCAGUGGCGGCGAAUCCAUAAAUCCAUUGAGAGAUACCACGUUCUUCAGGACAGCUUGAUCAAACUCGUGGAAGCUUGCAAUGACCAGACGCAUAACAUGGACCGCUGGCUCGGGAAGCUGGAGGCCUCCAACUGGCUGAGCCAUGUCACAGAGAUCCUGACCGCCGCCUGCCUUGCGGCGCAGUGCAUUGACAGGGAAGGUGCAUCUGUAUUGAUCCACGGGACAGAAGGAACGGACUCCACGCUGCAGGUGACUUCUCUGGCCCAGAUCAUCCUGGAACCGAGAAGCAGGACCAUCCGGGGCUUUGAGGCAUUGAUAGAGAGAGAGUGGCUCCAGGCUGGCCACCCAUUCCAGCAGCGCUGUGCGCAGUCGGCCUACUGCAGCAGUAAGCAGAAGUGGGAGGCACCUGUGUUCCUUCUCUUCUUGGACUGUGUGUGGCAGAUACUCCGUCAAUUCCCUUGUUCUUUUGAAUUCAACGAGCAUUUCCUCAUCAUGCUCUUUGAGCAUGCUUAUGCCUCACAAUUUGGAACAUUUCUGGGCAACAAUGAAAGUGAAAGAUGUAAGCUGAAGCUGCCUCAGAAGACGAUGUCUUUGUGGUCCUGGGUCAACCGGCCCAACGAGCUGAGUCAGUUCACCAACCCUCUCUUUGAAGCCAACAACCUGGUCAUCUGGCCGUCGGUGGCCCCGCAGAGCCUGCAGCUGUGGGAAGGAAUUUUCCUACGGUGGAACAGGUCCUCCAAGUACCUGGAUGAGGCAUAUGAGGAGAUGGUGAACAUCAUUGAGUAUAACAAGGAGUUGCAAGCGAAGGUCAACAUCCUGCGGAGGCAGCUGGCCGAGCUGGAGACGGAGGAUGGGCCGCAUGAGAGCCCCUGAGCUCCCGGAGACCUGUGCAGCUGCAGUGGCCUCUCUCUGACCCUUCUGUUCACCUCUACCAAGAAGCCUGGAACUCAGGGCUUGGCUUGGGACCCCUGUCGUGCCGUGGCUUUCUCAGUACCGUGGAACAACACUCGCUGCAGUCGCACCUAUUUUAUGUGGCCUGCUGGGCAGCCCUUUGCUUUGGGAGCAGGAAGGAGGUGCUAGUCAUUUCAUUUUAGGUGACAUCCUUGACCUAGCGAAUGCCAUUGUCACAGGCCCUUCACUGAGCUUCCUCCACUCCACUUUGCGCACCGUGCUCCAGCCCAAUCCAGGACAUGAGAGUCUCUUUAGGGAAUAGUUGAUGGU